UAAGUAAUAUUCGUGUAUGCAAUACAGGACUUAACAGAAAUAGUAAGUACAUACGGAAGCAGACAUUUGCGUGUCUGUUUCAGUACUUCAGUUUGCUGAAGUGCUGACGAACGUUUAUUCCAAGUGUUUGAUAAUGUAAAAAAAAAUAUUUAGCACUUGAUUUGAUGUUGGGUUUAAGGCCUAUCAACCGCUGGAGAGUUAGUAAGGCCACCACGAGAGCGUACAGACCAUCCAUGAAGUAUACUUUAGUCCUGGACAUAAAACACGUCUGAAGUAAACUUUAACUGCAUGUACACCGAGAAGCAGAAAACACCUCUUGACGCAUCGUACGAGGCACCUCUCGCCUGCAGGAGACCCCCAGCCACACUCUACACCUCUCACCAGCAGGAGGAGACCCCCAGCCACACUCUACACCUCUCACCAGCAGGAGGAGACCCCCAGCCACACUCUACACCUCUCACCAGCAGGAGGAGACCCCCAGCCACACUCUACACCUCUCACCAGCAGCAGGAGACCCCCAGCCACACUCUACACCUCUCACCAGCAGGAGGAGACCCCCAGCCACACUCUACACCUCUCACCAGCAGCAGGAGACCCCCAGCCACACUCUACACCUCUCGCCAGCAGGAGGAGACCCCCAGCCACACUCUACACCUCUCACCAGCAGGAGAGGCUACUAGUCACACUCGACGUUUAUUAACCUGCAGGAGGGGACAGCUAGCCACAGUGGACGCCAGGAACUAGCUGCCCCGCUCUAGCAGGAGGUGGACACACAACACAAGUGGCUGGGUCGUCGCUGGUGGACAAGCCAGACACCUUCCAGCAACACUGUCAACACCUCUCGCUACCUGCAUGUUACUCACGAGGGCAAAGAUUCACAUUGUGGAUACGCAAUACAAGGAAGAUGCAAGGAAGCCCCUUGUGCUUUCCAUAUAUAUACUCUUUACCAAGAAUCCAGUUUCCUACACAGGGUUUACUCUACUGACGAAUGUAUAAUAAAGCAACUGUAUAACUUA